CGCGGGGCGCCGUCCGCCGGUACUGCCGGUCCCGCCGCGCGCCGUCGCUGCCGCACGCGCCCCGCGCCCGCCGCCCCACGCGCCCGCCCGCCCUCCCGCCAGCCGCGCCAUGCCCGCCGAUACGGGCAUGGAGAAACCGACCGCUUCCCCCAUCGCGGGGGCACCGGCCAACGCCAGCCACACGCCGGACAAACCGCGGAGUGCUAGCGAGCACCGGAAGGUAAAUGGCGGGUGCCGAUCGGGGAGCAGCAGCGGCGAUGCUGGAUGGCGGCGAGCCCGCGGCCGUGCUGAGUCCUCCAAGCCCAUCAUGGAGAAACGGCGCCGGGCGCGGAUCAACGAGAGCCUGGGGCAGCUGAAGACCCUCAUCCUGGACGCGCUGAAGAAGGACAGCUCCCGGCACUCCAAGCUGGAGAAGGCGGACAUCCUGGAGAUGACCGUCAAACACCUGCGAAACCUGCAGCGGGCACAGAUGACGGCCGCUCUCAGCGCCGACCCCACCGUCCUUGGCAAGUACCGGGCUGGAUUCAACGAGUGCAUGAACGAGGUGACAAGGUUCCUGUCCACCUGCGAAGGGGUGAACACCGACGUGCGUACCCGACUCCUCAGUCACCUCUCGGCUUGCCUGGGUCAGAUCGUGGCCAUGAACUACCCGCCGCCGCCGCCGUCCAGCCAGCCCGCACAUCUGGCGCAGCAGCCUCUGCACGUCCAGCUGCCCCCCGCAGCAGCCGGAGCUGUGCCCGUGCCCUGCAAACUGAACCCUGCUGAAGCCCUGUCCCCCAAAGUCUACGGGGGCUUCCAGCUCGUCCCUGCUACCGACGGCCAGUUUGCUUUUCUCAUCCCGAACCCGGCUUUCCCUCCCAGCUCCGGACCAGUUAUUCCCCUGUACGCCAACGCCAACGUGCCGGUGUCCGCAGGCAGCGGCUCGGGGAACGCGGCCGCCACCCCGUCAGCAUCCCCGGUGCAGGGCUUGACAUCAUUUGGGGGCAGCAUUGUUUCGGCGUCCCAGGCGGGAAGUCCCAUCGGAGAGCGCAGUGAAUCGGUGUGGAGGCCUUGGUGACUUGCCUAAAGCGAUUUCCAACCCCCUCUACCCCCCACCCCCCCCACCCCCCCCAAAAAAAAAACAACCAACCAAACUCUUCUGUUGGCUCCGUUGUAUGGAGCCCUGUUUUAUGUUUGGGUUUUUUAAGCAGAUUUAAACAGAAAGGAAAAAAGGACCUUACUAUGAACAUGCUAUUUAUUAUUUUCAGAGGUUGGGAUCUCGACUUGUAUUUUUACUCCUUUAAAAUGCCUUUAUUUGAGAUACUUUUUUUAAAAAAAAAAUAAAUGAGAAAUAGUUUUGUAACAAAUAUUCAAAAGUAUAAUGCCAAAGUUGUUUGUA